AUGUUUCUUAUAAGGAACCGUGUGACAACCAGUAGGCUGAUAUUUUCCAUUAGGAAGUACAGUUCCCUAGAAAGUCCUCCACUUGUUGAAUUAAAGAACAACUCCAAAUUUUCUGUCAUUAAGCCAGUGUCAAAUCUACGAACCAGUUCAACCGCUGAAUUUGUAACACCACCCAAUUCCAAAUUACAAUCUUUAAUUUGGCAUAAGCCAUUACAAAAUGUUCUCAUUACUAAGAAACCAUGGACACCUACCACAAGAGAGGCCAUGGUAGAUUUUAUUACUCAUAUUCAUGAUUCAUAUCCGGAAGUUAAUAUUAUAGUUCAACGUGAUGUAGCGGAUGAAAUAGCACAAGAUUUCAAGACAACGUUAAACCAUGAUCCUAAUCGACCUCAUGUAUUAUAUACUGGGACAGAAGAAGAAAUUACAACAAGAGCAGAUCUUCUUGUCACAUUAGGUGGUGACGGUACUAUCUUACAUGGUGUUUCCAUGUUUGGUAAUAAUCAAGUUCCACCCGUACUAGCGUUUUCAUUAGGUACGUUAGGAUUCCUUUUACCGUUCGAUUUUAAAGAACAUAAAGAAAUCUUUGAAAAAGUCAUUAGAUCAAGAGCGAAAUGUUUACAUAGAACACGGCUUCAAUGUCAUUUAAUGAAAAAUGGAUCUAAGGAUCCCAUAGUGACGCAUGCAAUGAAUGAUAUUUUCUUACAUAGGGGUAGCUCACCACAUUUAGCCAAUUUGGAUAUUUUUAUUGACGGUGAAUAUUUAACUAGAACCAUUGCAGAUGGUGUUACUUUGUCUACACCUACAGGAUCUACAGCGUAUUCUUUAUCUGCUGGAGGAUCUAUUGUUUCUCCACUGGUACCAUCGAUAUUAUUGACACCGAUUUGCCCACGUUCGUUAUCCUUUAGACCAUUGAUUUUACCACAUUCAUCUCAUAUUAAGAUUAGAGUUGGAUCAAAGAUGAACCAAAAUCAUAGGAAUAACGUGGUUAACCUUUCCAUUGAUGGGAUUCCACAACAAGAUUUACAAAUUGGAGAUGAAAUUCAUGUUAUAAAUGAAAUUGGUACGAUUUAUGUGGAUGGUACUCAAUUACCAACAGCAACAAUUAACAAUAGUAAUUCACAAAAUGAUUCAAAAAUUUCUAAAAAGAUUAAAAAAUCAGGCAUAUAUUGUGUAGCCAAGACAGAAAAUGAUUGGACUCGUGGAAUUAAUGAAUUAUUGGGUUUUAAUUCUAGUUUCAGAUUCGUUCGUCGCAAUAAAGACAGUGAAUAG